GUUUCGAUUCGUUCGCUGUUCCUGCCGCUUUCCGAAGAUCCUUAGCAAUUUUGUUUUUCUCUCACUAAGCCUUUUCAAACUUUGCGAAAUAACAUGUCUUAUCAACUUUACCGUAAUACAACAUUAGGCAACAUGCUACAGGAAACCCUAGACGAGAUGUUACAGUACGGGCAAAUUACUCCACAUCUGUGUAGUCGCGUGCUGAUACAGUUUGAUAAGUGCAUCAAUGCGGCACUAUCGAAUAGGGUCAAAUCGCGUGUCACGUUCAAGGCAGCGAAGCUGAACACAUACCGCUUUUGUGACAAUGUCUGGACGCUGAUGCUUAACGAUGUGGAGUUCCGAGAGGUGCACGAGUUUGCCAAGGUGGACAAAGUGAAAAUUGUCGCUUGUGAUGGCAAGAAUGUUCCGAUAUCAGAUGAACCAACACGCACGGACCGAUAAGAAAGCGGGUCAUGGCAUGCUGCACAUUGCAAAGUGUAGCCAGCUUUACACGAUUUUCUUCUACCAUCUCUUGUUUUAGUUGAUAAGUCUGCUCGAACAUGGGCAUACGAACGAAUGUGCAACAAAUAAAAACCUUUACUAUGUCAGCAAAGUUGCUACGAAAUAUAA